AUGGUUGUGGAUGUUGGAGGCACUGCCAAUACAUCUACCACUUCCAUGGAGCACCAGGAUAACGGACCCUUGUUCACAGAGCUGAAAUUUUAUCAGAGAGUGGCGAAGUCUGAGCACAUAAAGAAGUGGAUGAAGGAUCACCAGUUGAGUUUCUUAGGAAUACCUGCUUACUGGGGAUCAGGGUUGGUUGAACAUAAUGGGAAAAGCUAUAGGUUUAUGGUAUUAGACAGACUUGGUAUAGAUUUGCAAAAAGUGCUGGAAGCAAGUGGAAACCAACUGAGUAAAACAACUGCUUUGCAGAUAGGCAGUGGACUGCUUGAUAUUUUGGAGUUUAUUCAUGAACACGAAUACAUCCAUGGUGAUAUCAAGUCAGCAAACUUGCUUCUAGGCUUCACAAAUCACAAAGAGGUGAUUGAAGGACAUGAGAUUUUAUAUUCACAGCCAUUGAAGUUUGAGACAGCCCCAUCCAGACGAGGUGACCUGGAAAUCCUUGGCUACUGCAUGCUACAGUGGCUGUGUGGGAAGCUGCCCUGGGAGCAGAAAGUGAAGGAUCCUGUAGCAGUUCAAGAAGCUAAAAUCAAAUUUAUGGAAAACCUUCCUACCUCUGUGCGUCAGUGUUUCCCCUCUGGAUCUGAAAGCAGUGAAAUAAUCAACUAUUUCUCUUAUGUGAGCACUCUGAAAUAUGAAGAAAAGCCACAAUAUCAGAAACUACGCAACAUCUUACUAAACAGCCGAUAUAAGUGCGUGGAUUCUCAGUUUCUACUUGAUAUUGAAAAUUUUAAGAACACACCUUCAAAUCACAAAAUUCAAAAUGCAGCUGUAACAAGACAAACUCCACCUGAACCAAAAUCGACUAAAGAGAAAAGUAGCAUAUUGCAAAAUGUUGAACAUCCAGCACCAUUGAGGCUGAGGGACAGAAAAGCAGAGGUCACAAUGAUUGGACAAAACAAAUCAAUAAUGACUGGUUCAUUUGAAUCUUCAAUAGCACCUCAGGUCAAGGUUAGAAAACCAGAAGUCACAAUGACUGUUCAGAACAAAGCACGAAUAAUUGGUCCAACUGAACUUCCAAUAGGACCUCAGCUCACGUACAGUAAACCAGUGGUCAUGAUGAGUGUUCAGAAGGAAAGUAGAAUGAUUGGCCCAACAGUACCUUCUAUCAAGUUCCAGAAUCAAAUCCAAGUAAAAUUCGAUAUCUUACAGUAUGGUUCUGCAGUUCUUGUCUUGGUAGUAUCAAUAAUCCUAGUAAUCAUGUUUUUUUAA